GACAUUGGACGUGCAAAUAAAUUUUCUUUACAGUCGAUGCUCGACACUAAACGCCUGUGGUUGAGUUUAUACUCGCGUAGCGAAAGAGAACUGUUGCAAUAUCGACUGAAUCUGUCACCGCGGAGAGUCUCUUUGAAAUGGAGGAAACAGUGAAAGAAACGCACCCCCACGAUGCUGUGGCAUCAGAUCCCGUUCAUCUCAGACCACGCUCCAGGUCGGCAUUCGCCAUUGGUGGUGUGAGAUCAUUGUCCCAAUCAGAAGAGGGAGUGGAAGGAGGAAGUCCGGUAAAACCGCGUCUGCACAACCGGUGGUCCUACGAGGGAAUUCGACGUGUGUCGUUUUCGUCAGACAAUGCGUUGGAGGAGACUGACAUCCAAGUGGUGGGAAGCCCGACGAGCCUGAAACCCUCGAUACAGAUCACAGUGGCAGGAGGCGCUGAUGGUAGCGACAUCCUGGAAGCUGACGAAGCGCCGUCAUCGCCUCAACUGACAGAUAAGAAAGACAGCCUGAGGUUACGAACCACAAGCAGAUCAAGAUCAUUGCCAAAAGUCAUUGUGGGAGCAUUCUCCAAGCUUGAGGAGAAAAGCCAAGGUAAUCGUAACAGACAAUAUCACAAAUUGUUUGAAGGCAUCUCACCAAACGAAAACCUGGUAAAAUCUUACCCUUGUGCUUUAAUGCGCGACAUACUGAUACAAGGCAGAAUGUUCAUAUCUGCCAACUGGAUCUGCUUCUACUCCAACAUCUUGAUAGGUCACGAGACCAAGAUUGCUAUUCCGGUGGAUACAAUCCGCGCCAUUUUCAAAAUGAAGUACACUUUCCUGGUUCCUAGUGCGAUAAGCAUCCACACACAUACGAACAAGCAUGUCUUCGGUUCUCUCCUGUCUCGUCGAGCUACGUACAAGAAAUUAAUGCAAAUUUGGGACGGCAAAUCCAAUGAUGAUGAUGAGGAAAAAUCAACUGUCAGCCACGAUGGGUCCUACUACGCCGACGGUCCCGAAACAUCUGUCACCGAGAACCAACCCUCGGAUGAUAGCGAUGAUAAUUCACGACGAUCGUAUCGACUCAGAUCUGGAUCCCGUAAGAAGAAUUCUCGACGAGAAUACCGUGUCCCAGAAGACCAAGAACGAGUUGAACAGAAAACGGCCACUGGUGGGCGGCUAAGUCCAUCGACGUUUAUGACAAGGGUGAAAUACGUGGCAGCAUCUGUCCGGGCCAAGCAUCUCGUGUUGCCCCUAGCUAUAUUGGUGAUAUGUUGCCUCUCCGUCUCGUCGGUCGUCUUGUCUUAUCGCAUUGCCAGAAUACAGGCUCAACUGCAGAGACUCCCAGAUGUAGCAGAGGCUUUGGAGUGGAAUAGGUUACUCGUCGCUAGUCAGUCAGGACAUAUCGACCAGAUUUCCAAAAUUCGAGAUACACUGGUGCUCAGUUUACAAUUACUUAACAAGAUGCAUUCGUCACUGGAUCUGCUCUACCAAUCGACAACCAACACUGACGUGAAUAGUCCCCCACCACAGUUGUAGCCGUGGGCUGGGUCAUUCGGACGACUUUUUCGAUUCUACCUCUCUGUACAUGUACUUAGACUGCUAUCAAUCAGAGGGAUGGGCAGGGACAUUGAAAAGAUGUAGACUUGAUUCAAGUGCCUUAGCAAUUUUCUUUUUUUUUUAGCAAUCAAUGAAAAUACGUAUUCAACUAUAUUUUCAUUAGUGCCAUUUUAAGGGUAUGUUUAGGUGUUUUUGAGUUUUGACUGUUUGUUUGUUUGUUUGUUGUUACUUGCACAUGCGCAUCGUCAUGAGCAAAACUUUGUCACUCCGAGCACAAAAAAUUGCCAUAAUGUGAUGAUUCACCGUCGGUCUUCGUACACUGCGAUAAGCCAACGAGUAACCCAUUCUUCUACGUUUUCCUUGAGCAAAUACUGGGAGUCACCAUUUGUACAGAAAACCCUGAACUGGUGUCUCCUCCGAAACGACAUCACAGUAACAGUGCCCUCGGUUGUCUGGGAAAGCAUGGACAUAUUUUUGUGAGCGUUUAAACAGGUGUGCUUCUAUUUUCGCUGCAAUUUGUUCCAAGGGGAUGUCAACUGCAUGUAUAUAGUUACCCACAUUUUCGAACAAAAGUUGCAAAAUAUGUGUGUCUAACGAAAUACUCAAAUGGUAAGGAGUUGCACAAGCUGUAAUUACUACAAAUAUGUGCCAGGGAGUGGUGGGUGGGAGAUGAUCGAAAUUCAAACUGCCCGUCCCUGGAAAUUGGAAAAUGGAAGGUGGGUCGGCAUCCAUUCUCAUAUAAGUUCUGUUUUGGAUGUUCGAGUUCCAAAUAACCUAAAGUAAAUAUGCAAAGGAGAGGGGAUGGGGUCUCCCCACCGGAGGAAGGACAAACGGCUCAACCCUCCCCCCAA